AUGCAGGGUCUUGCGGAUGGUCCCGUCAAGACUCACCUGUUCCGACUUGAACUAGAUUCACUAGAACAAGCCAUUUCCAUUGCGGAGCAGGAAGACUUCAGUCUGAGACAGGCUCGCGCCAGCUCGACAUCAUAUCGUCCACCGAGACGAUAUGACAGCGGAAGUCCAGAGCCGAUGGAACUCUGUUAUGUAGAGAGCGAGAAGGCUCGCUCUACAGGGUACAAGAAGAUGCAGAAAUGCAACAGAUGGCAGAAGACAGGACACUACGCUUACGAGUGUAGUGCCCCUCGUCCAGCGUCUCGCAACACUGGGCGUAGUGACCGUCCACCCAUGAGAAAGGGGCAGGGACGUGGGUCCUAUGUUGGUGCAAAGACGCAACAACGGGAUGGACCGUCAAAAAACGGACAGGAUCAGUAG